CGGGCGCAUCUGCUAUCUUUAGGAACGUAUCAUAAUAUCUCUUGCUGGUCCGCUGUAGUCAUUAUCUAUGCUGUGGUGAAGACGUAUACGCGGGACAUGCGCCAUACGCAGUAACGCACGAUACGUGAGUGUAUGCGGUAUAGUAUAUUGGACAAGCAUAAGUGACCAAGAGUAGAAAGGAUCUAUAUCAAAGAAGUGCUACGUGGACUUCAGUUACAACGAACAGCAUAGAAAUGGGUGAGAGAUUGCUGGACAUAGCAUGCAGCGUGUGCGGAGACCGGAGUUCAGGAAAACACUACGGAAUUUACAGCUGCGAUGGCUGCUCCGGAUUCUUCAAGAGAAGCAUACACAGGCAGCGUGUGUAUACGUGCAAAGCUGUAGGAGAUCUGAAAGGCCACUGUCCCAUAGACAAGACUCACCGCAACCAAUGCCGAGCGUGUAGACUCACCAAAUGCUUCGACGCAUCCAUGAACAAGGACGCCGUUCAGCAUGAGAGAGGACCAAGAAAGCCAAAGCUCAGUACUCUAGAAUCACCAUCUACGUCGAAGGUUCAAGUCAAGGAUAGCGGCCAAAGCAUGGUGACGUCAACAACUGGAGUGAGCGACUUGGACGUGAUGUUUCGUACACUUACAGCUAUCGAGAAACUUCAUGCUGUUGUGCCGUCUGAAGACGAAAUAAGUCGAUUGGGUAGGAGUGUGCUGUUGGAUUCAAGGAGUGCCUCGACAUUAUUCCCGAAGUCUCUGUGCACUAUCGAUGCAUUGCAGGAAAUAGCGGCUCGUCUCCUAUUCACAUUGAUCCGAUGGACAAAAGUGUUGCCACCAUUCCAAAAUCUGUGCAAGCACGAUCAGGUGAUACUACUCGAGGAGACGUGGAAGGAUAUAUUUCUCCUCAGCCUCGCUCAGUGGACGGCGGCCUGCAACCUUGCUGCAACAAUACAGCUGGAGAGGGCUCAUACACCGUUCACCGUCACCAGACAUGUGCGUGAAAUCCUGCUUCGCUUUCAGCACAACCGCGUAGAUGGAACAGAGUUUGCCUGCUUGAAAACAACGACGCUUUUUCGUUCAGAAACUAUUGGCCUCAGCGAGCCGCAGAAGGUCGAGUUGGUUCAAGACCAGGCACAGAUGCUACUUGGAGAGUACAUCCAUCAGAACUAUGCAUCACAGCCAACUCGGUUCGGCAGACUACUAUUACUUUUGCCUAGUCUCAAGGGUGUUUCGUGCCACCUAGUGGAAGAAAUAUUUUUCAAGGAAACUAUCGGGUCAAUACCUCUUGAACGACUCGUAGUAGAUAUUUAUCAACAAGAAAAAUGUGAUAUCACACUUUCUGGAGAUUAGGCAAGAUAGAAAGCAGACGUUUUUAUUGUUUUCCUAAAGAUUCAUACACCGCACGUAACAAGCAUACUUAGCAAAUUUCUAAAAACCUAGGUAAUAACAACACACUUCUGCGUAGUAUAUUUCUGUAUCACCCAAGAAACAUCUACUAGUCUUCAUGGACAAUAUCGUAUUUCCAUUUAAAAUAGAUUUGGUGUGUUAUGGGCGGGUAGGCGAAAAACAUUUUUUAUUUAUAUUGUUUACAAUUAUAUUAUUAUAUGUUAAUAUUUUUUAUUGUUUUCUUCAUAGCUGCCCUUUCAAAUUGUUGAGCGUUGGCAAUAUUAAUAUCGUGAACAAUUUUAAAUAACGUUGCUACUUAAAUACCAUUUAAUGUAAUAAUAAUGAUAAUUGUAUUAGUAUAAAUAGGUAAUACCGGCAGUAUGAUUGUUGUUAUGAUUAAAACCAUUAUAUUAUGGUAGAUGAGGAGAACUCUCCUAGACUCACUACUGAUAUAUCGUGAAUUUGACAUAAAAUAUGCAUGGAUAUGCUAUUUGUCUAGCUAGAUUCAGAUGUGGGUGGUUUUGCUACCGUGUAACAAGACCGUAUCAUCAACGAGGUAGAGUAGCUACUGGGCACAGGUCAUACAAAAGUUUUUGUUGUAAACAUCUUCGUUAUUUCUAUGAUAAAAACUGUAAUAAAACUUCUUACAUCAUUUGUUUUACAAGGUGGAAUAAUCAGGUUUGUAGCCUCUGAGGGAAAGGAAAACUGUUCGACGAGAAUUGUAUCAAAAAUUAAAUGAUAAGCCCAAAUAUGUGCAAUAAUUUGGGCAACAAAAUUAUAAUUUUAGUGUAUAUAAUGAUAUAUGCGGGAUAGCAGACGAAAUGGACUGCAGACCCCCUCUCAAUACUGAGAUUAUAUAGAACUGGUAAAUAAUUAGAACCUUGAUUCGGAUUGUGAGUUUUUUCGGCUUUAUAGUAAAUUAUUACAGUAGCCUACUAUUAAAAUAUGAUACAGUACUAUAAUAAUCCAAAUGUAUAUUUU